UAUAACGUGAUGUAAUUCUAGAAGUUGAUAGUUAUUGUAAGUGAUCGGUUUCAAGUGCAUAGAAUAUGGUUAGUAAAGCUAGUAGCUCACAGUUUGCUUGGCAGUGAACACUGAAGGAUUGUCCAGGUUAAUAAGAUAAAAUGGACUGUUUGACUCAAACAUGUGGAUUGGCAGCAAACGGUUCGUCGCCGCAACUAUUCAUACAAUUGAUUCAGACUCUUUUGGUGGCGCAAUGUGGCCUUGGAGGAACAGAAGAGUAUCCUCAGGAUCGAACAUCCGAAAUCUUGGAAACUCUUGAAGAACCAUUUGAUUUUAUAAUUGUUGGUGGAGGAUCAGCUGGAUCAGUUCUAGCAGCGAGACUAUCUGAAAAACCCGAUUGGAAAGUGUUGUUGAUAGAAGCUGGGAAGUAUCCUUCAGUGAUUAGUGAUGUUCCGGGCAUGGUUCUGGCUCUGCAAGGUUCAGAAGAAGACUACGCUUACCAAGUAGAACCUCAAAGCAAUUUCUGCCUGGGAAUGAUUGGCAAGCGUUGCAAAUGGGCCAAAGGAAAAGUUCUGGGCGGAAGCUCUGCUAUCAAUGCUAUGCUGUAUGUCCAUGGUAACAAUCGGGAUUAUGAUUCCUGGGCUGUCGAGAGCGAAGGCUGGGCAUACGAAGCUAUCCUUCCGUAUCUUAAGAAAUCGGUGAACUAUCCGCGUGAAGACAUCCAGAAGUUUGGAGAUAAGUAUUUUGGAAAUGAUGGACCUAUUGAUGUUCGAAAAUUCAACUACACUGAUUCUGCUUUUCAAGAAGUUUACUUGAAAGCUGUUUCAGAAAAGGGUUUUCCAGUGUUGGAUGCUUUUAAUAUGGACCGAUUUGUCGGUUUUGGCAAAGCUCAUGGAACCGUUGAAAAUGGACGUCGCCAAAAUGGGGCUCGAGCUUUUCUUUCGCCUGCUAAAGAUAGGAAGAAUUUAUUUGUGAUGACUUCUGCGAGGGUGGACCAAAUUUUGAUGGAAGGAAAUCGUGCAUCGGGAGUCAAGGUCACGUUAAAGGACGGAAGAACAGUCGAUUUGAAAACAAGAAAAGAAGUUGUGCUUUCUGCUGGAUCUAUUGCUUCUCCGCAAUUGCUGAUGCUGUCCGGAAUCGGGCCUAAAGAUGAUCUAGAGGCUUUGGGUAUCAAGUGCAAAGCAGAUCUUCCAGUUGGAAAGAAUCUUCAGGACCAUUUAGCUUGGUUGGGACUCCAAUUAGAGUUUCCAAAUGGGUUAGGUCAAGCCCAAAUGAAACGGCAGUUCAAUGUGCUAGAUGAAGCCUACCAAUACCUUAUUCACAGAAAAGGUGAGUUCUCAAAUGUUGGAGGCGUUGAUUUACUUGGAUUCGUUAAUGUUGAAGAUCCAGGGUCUGCAUAUCCUGAUCUUGAAUUUCAUCAUCUUUAUGUUCCUCAAGGAUAUGUUUUUAAAGUAGAUGCAAUGUUAGCAGCUUUUAGUGUUGAUGCGAGUCUAACUGAAGAUUUAAGGAAAGCUACUCUUGAUUCUGAUAUAGUUUAUGUGAUUCCAACGUUGUUGAAACCGAAAAGUGUUGGAGAACUGAAGCUUCGUAGUAAAUCUCCAGGGGAUCCAGUGAAGAUUUUUGCCAAUUACUUGACUGAUGAAGAAGAUACUAAGAAGAUGCUGAAAGCGGUUGAAUUCAUCAAAAGUCUUCUGGAUGCUGAGACCUUCAAGAAACUGGGUGUCAAGUUGAGGAACUUUGAUAUUCCUGGCUGCAAGGAUUUCAAGUUUGACAGCUCAGAGUUUUGGGAAUGCAAUAUCAGACACACUGCUGGUACUCUUUAUCAUCCAGUUGGAACAGUGAGGAUGGGAAGUCCUGAUAGGUCUAAAUCUGUUGUGGAUUCUACAUUAAAAGUUUUGGGAAUUGAAGGACUUCGCGUUGUAGACGCAUCUAUCAUGCCAGUUAUUACUAGUGGUAACACACAUGCGGCUACUUUGAUGAUCGCGGAGAAGGGAGCAGAUUUGAUCAAGCACCAAUGGGGUUCUAAAGAUGAAUUGUGAUUGGUUAUCAUUUGUAAUUCAUGAGUAGAGAUAUAUGUGUUAGUUAGACAGUACUUAUCGACACAAUAAAAUUGUAUGAAGAAUUAUAAUAAGGAAAAUACAAUAAACUUUCACAGUGUCAAUGACAUCUGGAUUAAUCUAUUAUCAAUAUUAUAAUUUAUCAGCAAUUUGAAGGCACUGUGACUCGAGAUUACAAAUUAUGAAUAAACAAACUUUUGGUUUAAUGA